AUGGAAAUAGAUAACGGCCAAUGUUCAUCCUCUGAUGAUGAAUGUGAAGAACAGAGGAUAGAAGUUUCUCAUCGGCACUCAGCUGUAGUUGAACUGGAUCUUGAUACGGAAGAUAUCGCGCAGAAAGUACUUCGUGUUUUGAGUGUUGACAAGGAGCCGAGUCGUAGUAAUGCCGUGCGAAAAUUUUCAGUAGAAGGAUGCAAAUUACAAAUAAGGAUUGCUGCCAUGGAUAGAAAGUCACUACAAAGAUCGUUGGCUAACUUGCUUGAUAUGUGCGAUCUUGCUAAAUCUGUGAUAGAUUUGACAGCGCAGAAAAAAUGGAUCACAGUCAGAGAGCCUGCGCAGAAGAAGUUGAAAAAUUGCUCAGAUUGA